UAAUCUAGUGCACCAUGUUCUGGCAUCUUCUCCUUGUGGCGGUCCUUUUGGGUGUGCUGUGGAUACGGAAACGGUUCGCCUACUGGAAGGAUCGCGGCGUACCGUACGUGGAACCAACGUUUCCUCACGGCAACCUGAGUGGAAUGGGCAGCACCGUUCAUAUGUCUGACAUCACGCGCAAGGUCUACCAGCAACUGAAACCUAAGGCUACCGGAACCGGAUUCGUGGGCAUGUACUUCUUCACCAAUCCCGUCACGCUGGUCAUUGAUCUCGAGCUCAUCAAAGCGGUGCUGGUAAAGGACUUUCAGUACUUUCACGAUCGUGCCGUGUAUCAUAACGAGAAAGAUGAUCCACUGUCGGGGCACUUGUUCGCCAUGGAGGGUAACAAGUGGCGCAACCUCAGGUCGAAGCUAACGCCAACCUUUACGUCCGGUAAGAUGAAGAUGAUGUACCCCACCAUACUGACGGUGGCCGAAGAGUUCAACAAGUGUCUCGCCAACGAGAUCAGAGUGCAGGAUGAGCUGGAGCUGAAGGAGCUACUGGCACGCUUCACCACCGACGUCAUCGGAAACUGUGCCUUCGGGCUGGAGUGUAACAGUCUGAAGGAUGCUGAAGCCGAGUUUCGACGCAUGGGCAGGAAGGCGUUCGAAGGGUCACGGAUAAAAAUCAUGAAGCGCUUCCUCUCGUCACAGUAUCCGAAUCUGGCUCGGAAGCUCGGUGUCACCUCUACGGCACCGGAUGUGUCCAAGUUCUUCCUGGGCGCGGUGCGGGACACUGUACAGUAUCGUCUCAAGCACAAUGUACAACGUAAUGACUUCAUGGACCUUCUGAUGGAGCUGAUGAAGGAGCAGGAUCGCGAGGGACUGUCAAUCGAGGAAGCAGCCGCUCAGGCGUUCGUGUUCUUCUUGGCCGGAUUUGAAACCUCCUCGACGGCGAUGGCGUUCUGCCUGUACGAGCUGGCUGGAUCUGAGGAGCUUCAGAGUAAGGCUCGAGCUAAUGUAACUGAGGUGCUAGCCCGUCACGAAGGCAAGCUUACCUACGAGGCACUGCAGGACAUGAAGUACAUUGAAAUGUGCAUUAAUGAAUCUCUGCGGAAGUACUCUCCCGCAGCAACAAUCAUUAGGAUCGCCACAAAAGACUAUCCCGUGCCCGGUACGAAACACAUUAUCCCGAAAGGCCAAACGGUCCUGAUACCAGUGCAUGGUCUGCAUCAUGAUCCGGAAUACUAUCCGAAUCCGGACCGCUACCAGCCAGAACGGUUCGACGAGGCAACAAAGUCCCAGCGAAAUCCCUACACCUUCCUUCCUUUCGGAGAAGGACCUCGUAAUUGCAUAGGACUGCGGUUCGGGUUGAUGCAGGCCCGCAUUGGACUGGCCGUUUUGUUGAGAAAUUUCCGAUUUACAGUAUCACCCAAGAUGGCCACUCCUUUGCCCAUCUCCAAGGCAAGUACCGUCUAUUCCAUCGAAGGUGGUCUAUACCUGAAGUCUUGCUGUAGACCACCGCUGGACAACAUGUGGUUGACUAUUGCUUUGCUCUUCGCCUCCUUGGUGGUGCUGUGUUACGGUUGGGUUCGAAGACGCUCACGCUUCUGGCGCGAUCGUUCGGUCGCCUACAUUGAGCCCCAGUUCCCGUACGGUAACUUCAAAACGCUCGGCAAAGUGGAACACAUCGCACCGAUCACGCAGCGUCACUACGAUCACUUCAAGCGUCUCGGUGUCCCGUACGGUGGGGUGUUCAUGUUGAUAUCGCCAGUGCUGUACAUCUUCGAUCCGGCACUCAUCAAGACGCUGCUCGUGAAGGACUUCCAGUACUUUCCGAACCGUGGCGUGUACUUUAACGAACGCGAUGAUCCCCUGUCGGCGCACAUGUUCGCCAUCGAGGGUCAAAAGUGGCGAACGUUGCGCGCGAAGCUCUCACCCACCUUCACCUCGGGCCGCAUCCGAAUGACGCUACCGCUCGUGCUGGAAGUGAGCCACCGGUUGACGGAUCAUCUGCGCGAUACGAUCCGCACCUCGUCGAAUGUAGUCGAGAUGCACGAUCUGCUUGCGCGCUACACGAUCGACGUGAUCGGUGCGUGUGCGUUCGGUAUCGAGUGUAACAGCUUCCGCGAGCCGGACAACGAGUUCCGGCGGUACGGUAAGAUCGCGUUCGAUAAGCUUCCCCACUCGCCACUGGUCGUCUAUCUGAUGAAAGCGUUCCGGGCGUACGCGAACGCCCUCGGCAUGAAGCAGCUGAACGAUGAUGUGUCGAGCUUCUUUUCCAAGGUGGUCAAGGACACGGUCGAGUUUCGCGAGCGCGAACAGUUCGUGCGCAACGACUUCAUGGAUCUGCUGUUGAAGCUGAAGAACACGGGCCGGCUAGAGUCGGACGGUGAGGAGAUCGGUCGUCUAACGCCGGAGGAGGUUGCCGCUCAAGCGUUCAUCUUCUUUACUGCCGGUUACGAUACCUCAUCGACGGCCAUGACAUACACACUGUACGAGCUCGCCCUGAACCAGCAGGCCCAAGGGAAGGCCCGUGAGUGUGUCCAGCGGACACUCGAGAAGUACGGUGGCGAGCUGACGUACGAAGCCGUCUCCGAUAUGCCGUAUCUCGAGCAGUGCAUCAAUGAAACACUCCGUAAGCAUCCGCCAGUGGCACUUCUGGAGCGGAACGCUGAUAAGGAUUAUCGAAUGCCGGACAGUGGUCUAGUAUUACGCCGGGGCCAGAAGAUCAUCAUACCGAUCUACGCGAUGCAUCGCGAUGAACGUUACUUCCCCGAACCGGACGCCUACCGACCGGAGCGAUUCACACCGGAAGAGGUAGCCAAACGACCCUCACACACCUAUCUGCCCUUCGGUGAGGGUCCACGGAUCUGCAUUGGCAUGCGUUUCGGAUCGCUGCAAGCGAAGGUGGGAUUGGCGAGUCUGCUGAGCCGCUUCCGCUUUACCAUUUGCGAGGAAACGCAAAUACCGGUCCAGUACUCCCGGACCAACUUCAUUCUCGGACCGGCGAACGGUGUCUGGUUACGGGUGGAGCAGCUUUAGGUCUCUCUCUCUCUCUCUCUGCGUCCCACUAGGACUAACAGCGAUUGUAUUCUCUCAAUAAACCACUUUUGUACUCGAAUGCAACAGGUUGUGACAGCUGAAUGCAAAUUACUCAUCAUUUGCAUAGAGCAGCUCUCGCCUUUAAAGUGUCUCUUAAUAUGC